CAGGUGCAUACCGGUGGGUAUCCGUCGAACUUGUUGAUACCAGGAUACCCUCACAAAAUUGUUUACCAUUACCACGGAGCAACCCAAGCAAACCAAGCAAGCUACAAAAGAUCCAAUCAAUCGAAUCAUCAUGAGCGCAGACGGAUUUGCUUCCUUCAUUCCAGAUGAUUUGCCUGGCUUUAACAGCCUCAAUGGCAGUGGUUUCUUUGACCAUACAAAUUGGAUGGACUUGACAGACUCCAAUUCUGAGGACGACUUUGGUGGCGACGUCUUUUCAGUGGUACGAUCACCAUCGUCCAAGGGUGCCACAAAACAACCCCAUCAUGAGGGAGUGAUCGUUUUCGAGGAAGAGGAGGAGGAAGACGAGGAAGAUGGUGGUAUGUUGAGCCAAUUCGUGGCGGCAGCAAAGGAGGAAGACAAGGCACCAAAGCCAUCCAGACGACGAAGCAACGGAGACAAGCCAUGUCGUGGAGGAGCCGACCGAAGAAAGACAACUGAUGGAAAGAAGAAGAUGAGAAGGAACAAGUCAGUCGAGGAUUGCACCGACGUCGUCAAGCCUCGUCCGCAAACCUCACGAAGAGCUCGAAGCACCGAGGGACCUCUUCCGAAAGAUGGUCGCCGUGGUGGCAAGCCUUCGAACCGAAGACGAUCAGAAAACUUUCAGAAGAAAGGAUUGGACUUGGGGGCUAAGCUCGACCGCUUGGGAGUCAAGUCGGAAGCUGCCCCAGAAACCUCUCGUCGACGAUUGGGACGACAACACAGAACCUCGUCCAACCCCAGUUUGGUAGAUGAGGAUGCUUCGGUCGGCAGCCGGCAAAGUGUCGGAAGUCGACAGAGUGUGGGAAGUCGUCGAUCGGAUCGCCGUCGCAGAGCCACUCAGAGCCACGACCUCUUGGCACGAACCCUGCAGCAGCUGGCCCCCGCGGGAGGACUGUACCAAAAGGGAAUGGACGACUCUUCCAACAGAGAAGAGGCGUGGAAGUCUCGACGACGACGCUCGGAGCAACUGAGAUCUACGACACUGCCUGCUGUGGCGGCAUAAACUCUGACAGGGAGCACACAGCUCUGAUAGGCACUUGGAUUGAUUGAAUCAUUCCCAAGGCUUGUAAUGAUAGCUAUAUUUAAAAGAAU